AUGGACAAAGCAGCAAAGACCGAAAUCACCAAACCCCUGGGCCAUAUACCCCACGGCCUAAACCUUCCCUUGGGGAAGAAGUCUAUUCAGGUCGAGUUCCGCAAUCUUUACGGAUGGAACGCGGCAUCUGAGAUCAGUACCCAGCUUGGUCACUGGCUGACAGCACGAAUACUAUACCGAAAGGAAAAAGUAAAGGACCUGGCCAACUCGGGGGCUACCGCCAGCCAACUCUUGAACCUACUGAAAUGGGCCAAGAAGCAAACCGAGACUUACUUGCACAACUACCCGGACUGGCAACGUUAUCUCAAGCAUAUCGAAGAACAUCCGGUCCAAAAGCAGGGCAACCCCAUCGCCAUCUGCGCAUUCUCGACGAUUCGAGAUCAGCAAUACCAACUACGCAAUUUCAAUCCGCCUUCUCUGCCCCUCGCUUCACCAGAAGGCAGAUCGAGUUUGCGAUCACGAGUGUUCGAGACAUCCGCCGAAUCCUCAACCGGAUCCGGCCGUAGAGUGGCCCCGAAACCAAGCACAAUGUCAACGUCCAGCUCGUCCUCCAGCUCUUGA